AUGAAAAUGGAGUACAGCAAACUCUGUUCCCAUGGGAAAGUGCAGCAAAAAUCGAUGAAACGGCUAUUUCGAAGAAUCACUAUACAAAAGGAAAGUGUGCUGUUUCUGCAUCUUCUGGAGAAGAAUAAAACAAUUUCAGGCUAUAUGAACGAUUUUCAACUGCUGAGCAUUCGCGAAGUCAAGAGCAAAAUCUUGCUACCGCGUGUGGAAGAGUCCCGGAAAGUUUAUGUUUCUAAUGAUUUUUUUAAUUAUUAA